UUAGUAGUUGUUACUAUCGGCCCCCUGUAGACCCGGAUGUGUAGUUUGCACGAUCCAAAAGCCAGCAUGCUACACACGCGUCUCCCACCUCCAGUCGUCGCCCUCCCAUUUCCACGCGCCGCCGCCGUCCUCCCGCUUCCACGCGCCACCGCCGGUCCCCCGAACCACGCGCCGCCGCGGCUGGGCGCCUUAUCCGGAUCCUCCACCUCCCACCGUGGCUCCUCGCCGCCACCACGGGAUCCCGGCAGCUCCCCCAAGCGCGCCGUGUGCGGUCGCCGGCACCCCACCGCGCGACGCCGGCGACAUCCCGCACCUCGCGCGCCGCCGCGAACUUACUCACGUGCUACCGCGAACCGUCGCCUCACUCCUGCGCCAACCCACACGUCUCACCGUGAGACACCGGCGGCCACCCCCAUGCCCCAAAGCGCGCCGCCACGAACUUCCCCCCGCGCCGCCUCGAACUGCUCCGUGCGCCGUCGCGAACCUCUGCCUCACUCCUGCGACAGGUCGCCCGACCCAACCGGGCGCCGCAGUCAACUAGCCGUUAGCCUUUCCUCCCGAUUGCCUUUCUCUCAGAUGGCAAGCACAUGCCUCCUCUACAUCUCUUCUUCCAUCGAGCGACUACCAUAUAGCGUUUACUUGGGGUCCAAAAGUAGCGCCCCGUUGCCUCUAACCUCCAGCCUUGACGAACUGCACAGACCGGGGACGCACGAGCGACCUCCUGCGAGAUUGGCCCCCGGUAGGCGACGAGCACAGCGAAGGAGCCCAGCGAGGGUGCCUCACCUCUGCUCAUGCGUAGCUCUGGUAGUGUGCCGGAGAGCGCCUUCUGGACGCAGGUGACUUCAACUAUGCCCCCAAACUGUUUGUGUUUAUGUGUCGAAGGAGAAAGCUUUUAAAAAAGGAUGUUUAUCUCACCCCUGUGCAUGCCAUUUCAAUUCUUUUUGUAGAACAACAGUUUACAUAUUUGCAAAAUGGUUCACACUUUUUUCCAUUCAAUGUGGUGUUAAAUUUUAGCUUAAUGAGAUAAAAAUUCUGCACGGUUUGCUUCAGAAAGAUGCAAAAACAACAUGCACACUGAUUUCCCCUGUGUAUUCAUGUGUGCUUUACUUACCUAAUAAUGUUCAUGUUAGUACGUGCAAGUUGAAGCGCUAUGGAAGUGCUAAUGCUGAUAGUCCUAAAAUAAUGAUUUGCAGUGUAUAUUCCGAUUCAAGUGCCUUGUUCUUCCUAGCACACAUGGUGCUAUGUGUUAAUACCUAUGGGAGAAUAGCACGUACAAGAACUGUGUACUAGUGAUGAAACGGGGAUAAAGUCCUAAAAUAAUUAUGUUCCUUUUAUUCAGAUUUAAACGCACACAAGCGCUCAACUAACUGGUAUUUGUUAUAUUGUUUAUAAAUAUAAAUACACAACUUCUUGCUGUGCACUUGGUGUCACCCUGUUCUGGGCGUUUAUCACCUGACCCCUCCUCCUGUAUCAUACAUGCACAUUCCCUUGUGUUGUUGUAUGCAGUUCGGCUGCUCCCCAUACCUUAUGAUCCUAUGUGCUAAGGGUGCUACCUUUUUUGGUCCGCGGAGGUUGGAUGACGGUCCAGAUGCUGUACGCUGUUGCGAUCUCCUCCAUCGUGAAGGUCACACCACGUGCACCGUCCUCAGUCCAACCCCAUGGCAUCAGGAUGAUCGAGCUCGUCGCAAGUAGCAGUCCAUGGCUGCCAUCUUCCACUUUCCUCUGCCUAGGUCCUUUCCUAUGGAGGUGCAAGGUUUCUACUCUUCUCCCUCCCAUGCUCUCUCUCACUGUCUGUGUUCAUGUGUACCGCUGCUUCAAUUUCUUUGUGAUGCAAAUGUUGUUGAUGAACAUUUUGUGUAGUAAAAAGCUACAAAAAAAAUCAGUUUUUCUCGUUGCAAAAAUUUCUGAAUUUUGCUCUGGUCUAGCAGCUCGACAUGUAUUCUACUUCAGUUCAGUAUGUCAUUUCAGUUUAGUACAUCGGAGUAUCAUGUACGUCAGUUCAGUUCAGUACGAAAACAUUAGAGAAUCGACAGACAUAAUCAUGUCGCACAAGUGCAAGUAUAGGUACAGAAGUUUCUCACCAUAAAUAAAUUGAUCUGGAGUCUCCUUGACAAAACCCCAUCUCUCAUAUUUGUUCCUAUUUUUGUAGGUUGCAGCAAAAACAAGAUGCACAAGUUCAUCUUUUGUAUGCUUUUCAGUACAUCUACUUCCCAAUCGUGAGUCUGAUUUCCUUUGUGUUUAUAGCACAAACAAGUCCUUGUGGUUAUGCUUGAGAAUGAGCACCAUACUGUCACUUGGUUAAUCAAUUUUGUAGAAAGUUCUCGGGGAUUUCUUUAUGUAGAGUUGUUGCUAACUUCAUAAUUAUACAGAUCAUGCAUUCUAUCCAAUGAGCCAUCAAUUAAAGCAAUUUCCAAUAUAGAGAGGGAAAUAUACAAGAUUGCCAACUAAUAUAUACUCCCUCUGUAAACUAAUAGAUUCCCAACUACUCCCUCUGUAUACUAAUAUAAGAGCGUUUAGAUCAAUAAGUGAUCUAAACGCUCUUAUAUUAGUUUACGGAGGGAGUAAUAAUUAUACUUCUUUAUGGAGGGAGUAUUAAUGCUCUGCUUAGCACAUUGCUUGUAGUUGUAUCAGUUACCUUUCUUUUGGAAUUAGGUAGUUAAUAAAUAAUCAAGAGGGAUGGUGCACCAUGACGACCGCUUGCCACCCCCACAGCUGCUACAAAUUCUUGUGUGGGUCGCCGUUCCCUACUCCGGCGUGUGUCACCAGCGUAGUGACCUCCCCCAGCCAGCCCCCACGGCUUGCCUCGAUGGUGCGCGCAAGCCUGUCUAGAACCACCAUGAUGAAUAGAAAUCCAUCCAACUAUUCACUUAUGGUCUCAUGAUCAUUUUCUUGUAUAAGUGUGCCUUUUCUGCUGUAUUCUCCUUGUUAUUUACUUGUCAAAAUUUAGUUCGAAUCCACAACAAUUUCCAUGAGUGGAUUUUUUUCGAAACGGAAUUUCCAUGAGUGGAUUUAAAAAUCAACAUAUGUAAAGUUUUAAAAUGCAUACAACAACUACAAAAUAUCAAUUUAGUCAGUCCAGUUUGUAAUGCUGCUCCACCUUCCGGUCAUUGACGAGCCCCUGGGCAGGCGCUUCCUCCUCCUCUCAGGACCCGACCCAACCACUGCCGCCAUGGCAUGGCGCCUCCACCUCCCGGCGAAGGACUACCACCUCCCCGACGACGUGCCCAACCCCGACGAGGCCCGCCGGCCCUGGAGUUCCUGCCGCGACGCCUCGACCUCCUGUUCAGCCAUGGAUUCUUGCCAUCCACAACGACAUCAGGAACACGAUUGGGCCGGGGGAGAAGGCAGAACCUCUAGGUGCAUGAUGGAAAAAAUUGCAAGUUCUUGUUUAGAUGUUCAGGAUACCCUUCUCUCAUUUCAUAUAUGUUCAGGAUAGCAGGUGCAUGAUGGAAAAUUGUGUAUCAUGUAGUUCUUGUUUAGAUGUCGUGCAAGUUCAAAAAUUGUCGGUUUUGCCACUGGACGUUGGUUGCAUUGUUUUUCCAGUGUGACGUCCCUUGGUAUGUUUGGAGUAUUGUUAUUGUUGCUUUGCAUGCGAAUGAAUUAGCUUGUCCUACUAA